UCUACAAGGACAAGAGAUAGGGAAAAUGAGGAGUCCUUUUUCAGUUAAGUCUCUCUUUCUUCUUCUCCUCUUCUCUUCUUUUGUCUGGCUGUCCAGCUUUCAUGGUUGCGAAGCAAAGCGAGUUCGCUAUUGGAAGAAGAAGAAGAUCAGCAAUGGCGGCAGCAGCGGCGGCAGAAGACAUAGUUCUCCUCCUUCUCCUGCACGGCCAUUACUUUCUUCACUCGCCGCAGAUGAUAGCACCACUUUCAAUGUGCUCAACUAUGGAGCCAAAGGAGAUGGUGUUGCGGAUGACACUGAGGCAUUUCAAUCCGCAUGGGAUGCUGCAUGCAAGGUGGAGGCAUCAACAAUGGUGGUUCCGGCGGAGCACGAGUUCCUCGUCCGGCCGGUCUCAUUUUCCGGUCCUUACUGCCAGCCCAACAUUGUUUUUCAGCUUGACGGCACCAUACUGGCGCCGACGAGUGCCAGCGCCUGGGGCUCUGGUCUGCUGCAGUGGCUCGAGUUCACCAAGCUGAAGGGCCUAACGGUUCAAGGCCAAGGAGUGAUCGACGGCCGGGGAGCUGCUUGGUGGGGCGGCACUCAGUCAUAUGAUCCGGUGAUAAAUGCAAUGCUGCAUUCGGAGAUGCCAAGUACCAAACCAACGGCUCUAAGAUUCUAUGGAAGCACCAAUGUGACCGUUACCGGCAUAACGAUCCGAAACAGCCCACAGUGCCACCUGAAAUUCGAUAGCUGCACGGCCGUCUCCGUCUAUAAUAUGACCAUCUCAUCCCCGGGAGACAGUCUAAAUACCGACGGCAUCCACCUGCAGAAUUCAGUGGAUGUUUCAGUGCACCACACCAACUUGGCCUGUGGGGACGAUUGUAUAUCCAUACAAAGCGGCUGCUCGAACAUACGCAUACACAACAUCAACUGCGGGCCUGGCCAUGGCAUCAGCAUCGGAGGGCUCGGGCGGGACAACACCAGGGCCUGCGUAUCGAAUGUUACUGUGAGAGAUAUUGUGCUGCAGGGCACGCUGACAGGAGUUAGAAUCAAGACUUGGCAGGGAGGUUCAGGCUAUGUUCAGGGUGUUCUCUUCUCCAACAUACAGGUCUCUGAGGUACAAUCACCCAUCGUGAUUGACCAGUUCUACUGCGACCGGGGCUCCUGCAGGAACCAGUCAUCGGCGGUGGCUCUGUCCGGCAUAACCUAUGAGAGGGUACAGGGGACCUAUACUGUAAAACCAGUGCACCUUGCUUGCAGCGACGGUGUCCCGUGCACAGAUGUUAUCUUGAACACUGUAUCACUUCAGCCAGUUCAGGAAUCCUACCACAUGUAUAAUCCCUUCUGCUGGCAAGCUUUCGGACAGCUAGAGACUCCGGCACAGCCGCCAGUAGAUUGCUUACUUGCAGGAAGGCCUGCCAAACAUAUUCAGGUGGACACCGAUUCAUGCUGAGCAACAUCAUAGAAUAUGACUCCCAAAGUUCCAAUCAUAUAUUAAAGCAAGUCAAAGAAUUUCACCUCAAUUAUGUAGCUUUAUGGGCAGUAGUAGAAUUAGGAGAAGUUGCAGCUAGCAAUAUAUGAUGUAUAUGUAUGUGUGGUUGUGAUAUUCGACCCCGUCAUACCAUCAGUUACAUGGUAAUCUGUACUGAGAAAUGUCUCUCUGAUAUGAUAUUGCAUAUUUCUCUCGUCA